AUGUUGAGGGGGACAACAGGCGAUACCAUCUCAGACAAAGGUAGAGGGUGGACAACAGGCGAUACCAUCUCAGAUAAAGGUAGAGGGUGGACAACAGGCGAUACCAUCUCAGAUAAAGGUAGAGGGUGGACAACAGGCGAUACCAUCUCAGACAAAGGUAGAGGUGGACAACAGGAGAUACCAUCUCAGACAGGUAGAGGUGGACAACAGGCGAUACCAUCUCAGAUAAAGGUAGAGGGUGGACAACAGGCGAUACCAUCUCAGAUAAAGGUAGAGGGUGGACAACAGGAGAUACCAUCUCAGACAAAGGUAGAGGGUGGACAACAGGCGAUACCAUCUCAGAUAAAGGUAGAGGGUGGACAACAGGCGAUACCAUCUCAGAUAAAGGUAGAGGGUGGACAACAGGCGAUACCAUCUCAGAUAAAGGUAGAGGGUGGACAACAGGCGAUACCAUCUCAGACAAAGGUAGAGGGUGGACAACAGGCGAUACCAUCUCAGACAAAGGUAGAGGGUGGACAACAGGAGAUACCAUCUCAGACAGGUAGAGGUGGACAACAGGCGAUACCAUCUCAGAAAAAGGUAGAGGGUGGACAACAGGCGAUACCAUCUCAGACAGGUAGAGGGGGACAACAGGAGAUACCAUCUCAGACAAAGGUAGAGGGGGACAACAGGCGAUACCAUCUCAGACAGGUAGAGGGGGACAACAGGAGAUACCAUCUCAGACAGGUAGAGGGGGACAACAGGCGAUACCAUCUCAGACAGGUAGAGGGGGACAACAGGAGAUACCAUCUCAGACAGGUAGAGGGGGACAACAGGCGAUACCAUCUCAGACAGGUAGAGGUGGACAACAGGAGAUACCAUCUCAGACAGGUAGAGGGGGACAACAGGCGAUACCAUCUCAGACAGGUAGAGGGGGACAACAGGAGAUACCAUCUCAGACAAAGGUAGAGGGUGGACAACAGGCAAUACCAUCUCAGACAAGC